CAAUCAGCAACCUGCAUUGGAAUCAGGCAGACCCGAAGUCAGCAGACGUACUGCUGGUUUGGCCGUGAGAGGAUUACUGUGAAAAGUGAAGAUUUUCCUUGCGCAAUUUUGUGCUGCUAAUAAUUUGGUAGUGAAAAACUGCAAAUUCAUUGGGAUAUCUAAGCUCGAGAUAAAGUUUUCCACCGCCAGUCGACGGACGAACAAUCAAAGCGCCGAAUGGCGUUUCAGAUAGUACUGUAGGUACAGAGGACUUGUGUGAAAAAGUUCUGCUGUAUGGUGGAAAAUUAAAGCAUUGGAGCCCAUUUUGACUACAUGAUCCCCUCAUUUUGAGGUGACGGUGGUGGCGCGUUUUGCUUUAGGUAAUUGCUCACAGUCUGCGUUGAAGGUGAAGUUCAACUUCAGUGAAGCGAUAACGGUCGAUGGUCGGUGCUGCAAAUAAAAAAGGGCGUCGAUACAAGUAAGAAAGUGUAGCAAGUGGAGCAGUAAAAUUGCAUCGAGGAAUGAAACCGUGCCUAGCCUGAAAGGAUUUUUCUUGUUUCGCUCGAUGCUCGUACGGGUGGCUAAAGAAUUGUGUCACCAGCUGGUUGUUUACGAUAGCAGUGAAAAGUUUGCAAUUUGCGGCCGACACUAGGCGAAAUCUCAGCCAUUUUUGCUGUUCUGAUAGUGGGAAAGUGUGGCUUUCGGAGAUAGGGAUAUUCGAUAACAAGCAAACCACCAAUAUGUCGCUCCACACAGAUAAUAUUGAUUUUAAAGAGAAACUGAUAGCCGCCGUCAAGAAAGAGGUCAAACAGGUCAUGGAAGAAGCGGUCACCAAGAAGUACAUUCACGAAGAGUCCGGUUCGGUGACAUCGCUGUGUGCCGCGGUGGAAGCCUGCCUUAGCCAGGGACUGCGAAGACGGGCUCUGGGUCUUUUCAAAACCUCAUCGACCACGGCAUUGCUGCACAAGGUGGCCAAGCAUUGUCCUGAAGCGGCACUCAUAAGCAAGAAGGUGCAGGAAAUAGAAAAUAACGACCCUAACAAACGUUCAUCAUCCAGUAGCGAUAGCACGAAUAAACCACCAAUUUUGAAAAAAGGUAGCAGCCAUUCGGUGUCAACGACGACUCCUCCGUCAACGCAACCAGUUAUAAAAUAUUUGUGGAUUCGGCUGGCAUUGUAUGAGAAAAAACUAUCCCGAAUAAUUGACCAUUUGGUGUCCAACGCAACCCGAUAUUACGAUCGAGAUUCACUUGUUGCGGAUCCAGACUACGGGUCAAUACUGAGCUCCCUGCUGGUUGGACCUUGCGCGCUGGAUUAUUCCCGUGCCAAAACUGCAGACCACUUUUGGACGGAUCCACCCGCGGACGAACUGGUCCAGCGUCACAGAAUUAGCUCUGUCAAUCCAGCGUCACCGGCCAUCCGGAGGCCAAUGUUGAACUUCAAGCGAAGUCUUCAUACCAGCUCGGAGGAGGGCAGUAUGUCAUCCUUCAAGUCCAAUUCGUUGGUGUCCGCUUCAAAGGACUAUGUAGAAUCUUUGCAUCAGAACUCCCGUGCUACUCUAUUGUACGGGAAGAACAACGUUCAAGUACUGCCAAAAGAUGCCAGCGAACCGAUGCCCGGUUACCUGAGUUUGCAUCAAACCAUCCAAUCGUUGACCAUCAAGUGGACUCCGAAUCAGUUGAUGAACGGCUACACGGAAUCGGAGAAUAUUGAUAAGAGUUCUUACUGGAAUUACGCACUGAAUGUAAAUGUCGACGAAAUUGUGUACGUUCACUGUCACCAGGCCCGGGGCGGGGAUACGGGUGGCACAAUCAUCUUGGUGGGACAAGAUGGCGUACAACGACCACCGAUCCUUUUCCCGGAAGGAGGCCAUAUGGCAGCGUUUCUAAGUUGCCUUGAAACAGGCCUCCUGCCCCAUGGCCAGUUAGAUCCACCGCUAUGGUCGCAACGGGGUAUUGGCAGAAUUUUCCCAUGGCCGCAUAAGUCCCGUCGCAGACCACUGCCAUCGUUACUGGAGGCCGCCACUAGCGACGAACUACCGAUCGACUACGUAUUUCGGGUUGUCAACAAGAGCAAUACUGAAGAGUUUUUGGCUACGCACUCGAUCUUGGAUAUAGGAAGUACUUGUCCUCGCUACAGGGCACAACUCAGCAGUUGUUCGACCAACGAAAGUAGUGACUGUUCCAGCAAGAGCCUAUCGAUUGAUGCCAUGUCAAUUGAUAGUCCUAACCCGGUUACAAAUCAAUCUACUAGCAUUGCCCUGGUUUGCUCAACGAUGAAAAGACAGAUUAUAUCUAGGGCAUUUUACGGUUGGCUCGCCUACUGCCGCCAUCUGUCGACAGUUCGAACGCACCUGUCUGGAUUGGUUAAUGGACGAAUAACGCCGGAUAUCGGAGCUGAAGAUGGUCUGACUCGCGCUCGCUGGGAGGAACUUCAUGAUGAGAAAGGCGUGGUAGCAGCCGAUCAAGAGGUGUACAGACUGGUUUACUAUGGAGGAGUUGAGCACGACAUUCGGAAAGAGGUUUGGCCGUACUUAUUGGGGCAUUAUACUUUUGGCAGUACACCAGAAGAACGGGCAGAAUUGGAUGAGAAUACCAAACACUACUACGAGACUACAAUGAGUGAAUGGUUGGCCGUUGAAGCAAUUGUGCGUCAGAGGGAUAAGGAAAAAACGGCGGUGGCAGUUGCGAAACUCAGCUCCGGGAGUGGCAGUAUGGAGAAUAAAAGCAAGGAUGGUGAAAUGGAGGAUGAGAUGGAGAAUGAGGUGUUUGAGGAGAAUGGUUUCUCCGACAUGUCCGAGCCGGAAGUGGAUGACGAGGAAGAGAAUUCUAAAGCAAAGCAGGCGAAGCCUUGCGAUGAACCGGAGAAAGCCGACGUAGAACGUGGAGAAAAGCAAGGGUCGCCUAACCGGCUAGAGUUACCGCUGUCGGAUCACAGCAAAGAUAUGGACAGCAAUAAAAGCUCUCCCUCGGAUUCGUCCUAUGCCACAGUGGGUAACGAUUUCGUAGACGUCGCCGACAUGCUGCCAGUUGCUAUGAAUGUGGAUGAAGGUUCAAAUGAGACCGAUACUGAAAUAAUCGCGAAUGGACAAAAUGGGCAGGAGGGUGAUGAAGAGGAUGAGGAGGAAGAUGAGCAAGAAUCGGUUCAAUCUUCCGGUCAUCCACGAGCUGUGAUCGUGACUGAUGCUUCCAUAGAUGUGAGUAUGCUGAACGACGCUAGAGAGCAAAACAACAACAUGUUGGAAUCGCUACCGGAGGAAGGCGGCACUGCUGGAGUCCAGCUGGAUGCAUUGCAAGAGCCGAAGUCUACCUGUGUCUCGCCGGCUAGUUCGAAUGGAGGAAUUUAUAGUAGCGAGUUAUUGGAAUCGUUUGGUCUUAAUCUACACCGAAUCGAAAAGGAUGUGCAGAGAUGCGAUCGGAACUAUUGGUAUUUUGCUAAUGAAAACUUGGAUAAACUGCGAAAUGUGAUAUGCACGUACGUAUGGGAGCAUUUGGAUGUCGGAUAUAUGCAGGGGAUGUGCGACCUGGUGGCACCGCUGUUGGUAAUUUUUGACGACGAAUCUUUGAGCUAUGGUUGUUUCUGUCGGUUCAUGGAACGAAUGAUUGAGAAUUUUCCCAACGGUGGGGCGAUGGAUAUGCAUUUCGCCAAUAUGAGGUCACUGAUUCAGAUUCUGGACUCGGAAAUGUACGACCUAAUGCAUGCACAUGGGGAUUACACACAUUUCUACUUCUGCUAUCGAUGGUUCCUGUUGGACUUCAAACGCGAACUUAUCUAUGCAGAUAUUUUUUCCGUUUGGGAAACUAUUUGGGCUGCAAAACAUGUAGCUUCAGCCCACUUUGUGCUAUUUUUGGCACUUGCCCUACUCGAAACCUAUCGGGAUAUAAUACUGUCUAACAGCAUGGAUUUCACUGACAUAAUUAAAUUCUUCAACGAAAUGGCCGAACGCCACAACACACCCGCCGUACUGAAACUGGCAAGGAAUCUUGUGCUACAAUUGCAAACGAUCAUUGAAAAUAAAUAAUGUGUUUCCGUUGUUUGAAAUGUUAAUUGCGUGCAGUUUGUAGAGCAGCUAUAAGAAACGACUGUACUCGCAAAACUGUAGAUCAGUUUUGCUGGACUGGAAUCCGGAAAUGUGUACCACGGAAUACAAACCAAAUUUCUGAGCUAUUCGAAGAGAACGUUUACUCGGAGAUUAUUAGAGAAGAAAUAUUAGCCCAAUAUCCAAGUAUAAUAUUACUCACAUCAACAAACGAAAAUCAAUGUCAUAUACAUGUCACUGUUACCUUCUUGUAUACAUAAAAAACACAAAAAACACAAACAGGUUGAGAACUGUCUCAAAUCAGUGCAGGUUCUAUUGUUUUUAUUGCUUCUAGCUAAAGUAACUAUUUUAACCAAAAUUAUUCUGAUAGAUAUGUUACAUCAGAACACCCAGUUUUACUGAAACUUAAUCAAAUGUGUACUAACCACGAUUACAAUCUAAAAUUUAUGUAGACCUUCAUGUUGGUAAGAUAUCUUAACUCUGCCUAUAUUUAUAUAUAAUUCAAUAGAAAAAUCAUCCAGCUGAAUCCUUUUGGUAGAUUGUUUUAACUCCGUAAAGACGUAUUACGUAAAAUGAUUAUUUAUUAUAGAUUGUUGAAGUAUUGUAUCAUGAGCAGAGAGUUAUUUUCUAAUCCAAAUAGAUACAAAUAUUUAUUGAUCUAAAUUUAAUUCUAAGGUACUAAACAUACAGAGUCAUAUGAGUGCAUGUUAUAUCAAUAAAAUCGCUUUAAGUAAUCAGAGGCUCCAAGAGCAUGUUUAUUUGAACGAAUGAGUUUUACAGUGUAUUUAGUCGCACAUCGUCCCAGCAUUUUGUUAACUAAGUGUCAAAAUUCACAAAAAAUGGAAAUCUAAAUAUUUUAAGAAAGAAAUCUUAUGAAACAAAACACAAACUUUAAAGGAAGUAGAAUCUUUUGUGAGAUGGUUCCUAAGCAUAGGUGCAUCCAUCAACAUUAGAAUGAAAUGUUAUCAAAUCGUCACAUCUUCCAAACGUAGUUGAUAACAGAUGAAAAAAAAAAUAAAUAAAAACAAAACAUAUAUAUAUAAAUAGAUAUACACAAAUAUAUACUAUUUGAUUCAUGUGGCACAGGCUACAUUCAAGUGAAUCCACGCCUACUGAGAAAACAGUUUGUAUGACAGAAUAUAUAUUACAUAGUAGGAUGGUAGCAUCAGUUGUGACAUCAAAGAGCACAAAUUUAGUAAAAGAAUUGUAACAAAGUUUCCCUCUACAAACAGGGAUUGGAAUUAAAAGCGAUGUUCCUAGAACUUUCGAGUAAAUAAACAUACAAUUGAGUUUUGUAUCACAAGUGCGAAAAGAUCGUGGUUUGCCAAUAGUACACGAUGUCACGGCUGAUGCCACCAUCUCGAAAACCAGAACUAUCCCUUGAAAGCACUUCGAACUGAGAAGGUACGAGAGCGUGAAGUUUGAAAGGACAAGAAAAGAUUUGAUGUCGUCGUUCGGUGUUACUAGCAUCAAUCAAUCUUUAUAGCCAGAAAAAAACAUCGUGCCGACUGUUUUGAAUGACCAUUUGUAAGAACAUAUUGUAUUUGAACGAGUUUAGAGCUGAAUAAAAAGGCACGAUAAAUGAAUGACUACUAGAA